GUACGGUUAAAAAGCAAAGUGUCUAAUAAAAAAGUGCGGUUGUGUGGUCACGAGGAGCCCUCUUUAUUUAUAUAACACCCCUACCUCAGCCCAAACACAAUCCAAUCCUUACACUUUUUCUAUAAGAUUCUCCGCAUUUACAUCUUUCUCUGAGGUCAAUUUAAUUGGAUUAAAGGGAAUCAAUUGUCGGUUACUGACUCUUCCCCCCACAACCAAGGUUCAUGUCUGAAUUUGACAACCAGAUUCCAAGUGCCUUUGAUCCCUUCGCUGAGGCAAAUGCUGAGGACUCAGGUGCUGGGGCAAAAGAUUACGUCCAUAUUCGUGUUCAACAACGUAAUGGGAGGAAAAGCCUGACAACCGUGCAAGGGUUGAAGAAGGACUACAGCUACAACAAGAUUCUCAAGGACCUCAAGAAAGAGUUCUGCUGUAAUGGUACUGUUGUUCAGGACCCUGAGUUAGGCCAGGUCAUACAACUCCAGGGUGACCAAAGAAAGAAUGUGUCAACCUUCCUUGUUCAGGCUGGCAUUGUGAGGAAGGAUUUCAUCAAGAUCCAUGGCUUCUAAGUAGGAAAGAAGUUACUAUAUGUAGUUGGCUUUGCUUAUGCAGAGUUGCAAGAAAUAUAUGAUUUGAACUUAUAUUACUUGGGGUUAUUAAAUAUUGUUGUGUAUGUGCACCGUCAAAAAGUUUGAAACAGCUGAUUGGGUGUGGCCUUCUAAGCUUCUAGUUCUGUUGUUUGGGAAGGAUUAUGGUUUCUUCCAAGACGUUUAUUGAGAAUAAAAUUAUGUAUACCUGCGUUGUAUUCAUGUGA